AUGCACUAAGAAUUAAACUGUCCUCGUUGUGAGAUUUCGUUUGACAUCUAUGAUCGUACACCAUAAAUGCUACCAAAAUGUGGCCACUCCAUGUGCAUGCAGUGUCUUCGUGAACAAACCAAAAUAAUCUGUCCUGAAGACGGAAUUGUCUAGCCACAAGAUCUGAAUCUCUACCCAGUCAACCAAGCGAUUUUGAAAAUAAUAAACAAGUCUAGUCUCAAGAACUCACAAAUCGAUUCUACCGAGUUGGGUGAAACUGUGAGACUCUCAAAAUGCGAGAAUUUCUUCGAAGUCAUGGAAUCUACCUCUCUCUGCAAAGAACACAACAAGAAAAUCGAAUUAGUCUGUCUGGAGGAUCACAAUACAAUCUGUGUAAGUUGUGCCCUAUUUGGUGUACAUAAACAUCACAAUGUUAGAAAUAUCGAUGAAGUCGUCUCAGAAAUCCAGCAUUCCCUUGAAGAAACCGUAGAUCUCAUGUAGCAAAUUCAAUCCAAAAUUAAAUCCCUCAAAUAACCAAUUAUCAACAAAAAGAUACGCGACUAAAUAAGGCUUUGCAUCAAGUAACAACAAGCCCUGGCUGAAGAAUAAUUCAAAGAAAUGAUUACUCAAUUAAUGAUGAAAUAGCGAAAAGUAGUAGAAGAGAUUGAGUAUAAAUACAAAUAAGUUGAGGAUCAAUUAAUCAAGCGAGAACAACAAUAUGUCAAUCAAGUAGUCGAAAAAGCAGACUUGUGGAUGUUAGCCUCUCAAGAACGAAUCAAUUAAUUCGCCUCUUUAACUGAAAAAGGAGAAAUUGCCUUUUUCCUCCUUUAAAAAGACACUUCAAAUUCUCAAGCCAAACAAAUUAUUGAAGAAUUAGAAGAUUUUAUGAAGAAAUUUCAAACAAGACUAUAAGAAGUCACUCAAGGUUAAAUUACUCCUUAAGUGCAUUUAAGUAAAGAUUUAAUGGGGAAUUUUGAAUACAAUUACCCCCAAGUUCAAUAAUCAUUUUUUGACGAUCCAAAUAUCUUGAGAGAUGUAUCAAUGAUUGAUCAAAGCUUUUUAAAGGACAUUGAUGACAAACCUCCUCAUAAUGAAUUUUUGACACAUAAUUUAUUAAAUCCUCAACCUUUAUAUCAAUCUCAAUCUGCUCUCCAAUCAUAACCUUCAUCUAACAACAUUUCAUAAAAUGCCAUAAGUCCUAAUUAUGAGAAGAAAUCAUCAGAUAUUUUGGUAUCUCCAAAACUCAGAAGGCAAUCUUCAAUGUCUCCAAAAAGACCCACCAAAAAGAAGUUUAAUACCAAGGUGGAAUCCAUUCUACUAAAUUGCAAUGGAGACACUCUGGAUCUCUCCUAAUAAGAUUUGGGAGAUGAUGGAAUGAUUCUUUUGGAAGAAUCUAUUAAAAAUAAGAAGUUAAAGAUUCUGAAGUUAGUGCGAAAUAAAAUCAGUGAUACUGGUGCAACUAAAUUAUUGGAAUUACAUUGCCAAAUAUUGCAUCUACAAUCUAAUGUGAUUACAGAAAGAUUUCUAGAUACAAUUUAGUAAUUAAUAUAAAAACAGACCUAAAUUCAUAUUAAAACCAUCUAUUUAGGCCAAAAUCUAAUGAAUUUAUUUAGAGUAAAGAAAAAAAUAGAGGAUUUAAAGAAGUUAGGCAUAACUAUUUAAAUAUGA